AUGUCGCAUCAGCUAAUUAGAGAAGUUAAAGAAAAGACAGAAAAACUUAAAUCAUUAAAGAAAGAUUAUAAUGCAACCGCUGAAAGAGUCAAUAAUGAACUUUUAAAUUUAGAAAGUAGAAAUAAUGGUCCAAAAGUUCGUGUAUCUCUUCAAUUAGCGCAAAAAUGCUUAGAUAUUUUACUAAAUCAUCCAGAAAAUGCAAAUUUGGUCAUUAAUUACUUAAAUCAAUGUAAGUUUGAAAAUAUUUCAGACGAUUCAUCGCCAAUUCUUGACGAAGAAGAGGAAGAUUAUAAUAUCAAGUAUCAGCCCACUGAAAAGAAAUCGAAUGUUUCGAAUUUUACUGAUCAAGAUACUGAAGAAGAGGAUUCAUUCCUUUUAAGUGAUGUGGAGCUAGAGAAUGAAAAGUUUUACAACCAAUGGGAUGCUCAAAACUAA